AAGCGUAUGGACGAUGUCCAAUAGCCCUCCAAAAAUAGCAACUGGAUCGAUGCAAAAAGUGUUUGACCUUUGGCACGGUCGAUUUUGCCACACAGAAAACGAUUGCAAAGUUGAUCUUUAGCUGGAGGAAUGAGGCAGUGAGUUUGUGUCUGUCCUGAGUUUUUCGUGCGCGCGCUCCACUUACUCAGUCCCUACACGCAUUUAAAGUCACACUGCCGCACGCGCGAGCCACCUGCGAGACACUAGGACACGGACGCUGCUCGCGUGAUCUUUACUCUUUCAUUCAGUAUUGUGACUGUGAGGACAGACUGCUGUGGCUGUGAGUGAUGGCGGCGUUGACCGGAGGAGAAAUGUGCGUCAAGUAUCUGAUGUUCGUCUUCAAUUUCAUAUUCUGGCUUGCAGGUACAGGUGUCUUGGCUAUUGGACUUUGGUUGAGGUUUGAUGCCAAAACUAAAAGCUUGUUUGAAGGAGAGAACUCGCCAUAUGUCUUCUACACAGGUGUGUACAUCCUCAUUGCGGCCGGUGCGCUGAUGAUGGUUGUGGGUUUUUUUGGAUGUUGUGGUGCCAUCCAGGAAUCCCCUUGCAUGCUGGGAUUGUUCUUCUUCUUUCUUUUGGUCAUAUUUGCGGUCGAGGUGGCUGCUGGAAUUUGGGGCUUUUCCAACCAGACCAAGGUUACUGAGGAUAUAACGGAUUUCUACAAGGAAACAUACAAAAAUUAUCAAGACACCAAAGAGAACACUCUGAAAGACACACUCAGUCUCAUCCAGCAUGGACUGAACUGCUGUGGACCGUCAGAAAACUUCCCGGAGGAUUUUAAAGAGACCUGCCCCAGAAAAGAGAUUCUUGAGGAUCUCAUUACAAAGAACUGCCCUGAUGCCAUUGAUGAAGUUUUCAACUCCAAACUUCAUAUUAUUGGAGGAGUUGGAAUCGGCAUUGGAGUGAUCAUGAUCUUCGGCAUGAUCUUUAGCAUGAUGUUGUGCUGCGCCAUCCGGAAAACCCGGGAGAUCGUGUGAGGGGCCUCGUUGCCUGGGAAACUGCCAGUGUAUUUGUGUUGCAUGAUGUCUGUCACAAAACACUGUCUUGAACAUGACCUCAUCAGCUAAGAGCCAGUUAGAUCACAGCGUCAGGCACACAAUCUGUACAUGUCUCUGAUUGACUGGAAUUCACUCUUUUUCUUAGUGCAGCUGUAUCACUGGUUCACUCACGAGUAAUGAGAAGAAAGGGUUGGUUUAGCAUUCCAAGCCCAUAUAAAAAGGCCUUUAUUAAGUCUGACUUUUUAUAUUUUUUUAUCGUUCAUAAUAGAUUUUAAAGAUUAACCAUUGUUUGCUUUAUUGUACUUGCAGUAAUGCUUGAUAUGAGUUGUUAUGAAUUUUUCUAAUGUUAUGUUUUUGAUUUGUGAAUAGGGUCGAUUGAUUUACCCACAUCGGUGCAUAUGGCUCAAAUAAAAGCCAAAUUAAUCAUGAA